AAAUCUGGCAACGCUGUAUAUAUUUGAAUUCAAUGGAAAUACGAAAUAAAUAACGAACGCCAGGCAUCAGAUGUGAAACAGUUUGUAUGCCGUGCCGCGAUAAAAAGAGCUAUUUGUGUUAACACCGUUUUACUACUAGUUGUAACUUGCUUUUAACAUAAAUGUGGUGCUUUCUAUAAGGAUUUGCUUUAUGUUUUCAUAAAAAUGGAGGAUCUCGAAAAAACUAAAGAAAACAUUCAACCGUUACGUGGUGGUCGAGAUAUGGAGAAACUGGAAAUUGCAUUAACAUCAGAUUCACAAAUUUACGAGGAAAAACGGAUGUUUGAAGAGAGAAUAAAUAACUAUGAAGGAUCUGAUCCUUUACAGCCAUGGUAUGAGUACCUUGGCUGGAUUGAGCAGACUAGUUUGUCAAGUGGAAAUCAGACAGAAACCAAUCGAAUUCUUUUGCGUUGUGUUGCUAAGUUUGAAUGUAAUGAAAAAUAUCACCAAGAUCACAGAUUCCUAAAAAUUUGCAUGAAAUAUAUUGAUACUCAAACUUCACCACAAGAAUUAUAUCAAGAAUUGUAUGAUCGUGGAAUUGGAACGCUUUGCGCCGAGCUAUAUAUUGGGUGGGCUUACUAUUAUGAUGCAGAAGAUGAUUUUGCGCAAACGGAGGCUAUAUACCAGAAAGGAUUUGAUGCCGGUGCGUCACCCAAAGAAGAUUUAAUUCAAGCCCACAAACAAUUUGGUUUUUCGAUGUCCCAAAGACUUUUACACAAAGAUGAAUCGUCAAAAAUGAUAUUCAAAACAUCGUUCGCCGAGCGAAGGAACGCUCUAACUUCACUGAAGUUACAUAAAAAGAAACACGUUGGGAGCAUUCGAACCGGACUUGCAGUGAAAAGCUAUCAUCCUGGUAUUAUCAAUCAGGAAAAUAUCCCGAACAAUUUUAGUAAUACUGAUCCAGGUGGUGUUGUCUAUGUAGGAACAUCAGAAGACUCACACGCAGGAAAUCUUUCUAUUGUACAAAGUCUAGUGAAUGCAAAUCGCGACCGUGAAAAUAUACGUGAACCAGGCCCGUGGUCAAACGCAAAGUGUAAUCGGAAACGUGGACGACUUUUCGGGGCACAUCAAGAUCUUUUAUUUAGAAUUUCAGAAGAUUCUUCAGAUCACCCACUAAUACCAGUAAUCGUUAACAACUUAUCGCGCGGAAUUCAGUUAGAAUCAAAUCAUAAACGACAAAGUUACCCACAAAAACCAUUUGAAAUUGCCGCUUGCGAUGAUGAUAAACCAUCAGGAUUUCCCGUAUAUGACAAGAUUUCGCUCUACUGUUACGCCCCAGCUCAGGAUUUUAGUCCAGAAGAGCUUCAUGGAUACAAUUAUUUUAAGCGACGAAGAAUUCAAAACGAUAUGACAGAUAGAUAUGACAACAUAUGGGGUAAAAGAGGCCUCACAGGAAUACGUCUUCAUCCUUAUCACAUACGAGAAUUCAAAUUUAUAGAUGAUUUAAAAACGGAAAAACCAAUAAUCGAUAACAUUACACUUCAAAUGGUAACUAGAACAAAAGAAUUGUACGCGAAUUCUGAAGAACGAUCAAUGGAAGAGUUGCGUCUUCAAAAAUGGAAGGAAGGGAAAAUUAAACGUUACAUCGAUAAUAAGCAUGACGAUGACAUGUUUAGAGUGGAUAUGGAUGAGACUGUUGUUCAAUCAAAGCGUGUUUCAAUUGCUACUCCCAGGAUCAGUAUUGCCCCUACACUUGCUAGUUCUAUAAGACAAUCCGUAUUUCCUCCUAAGGUUAACAUGGUUAUGAUAAGCGAAGAAAAACAAGAUGACGUAAGUACUAGAUCCGUUAAUGCUUUAUCCACACCAGCUGAAAAUACUUCAUUGGAGGACGAUAUAAAGUAUACUGGAACGAUAAAAAAAUCGGACAUUUACAAGCGACGAUCAGUGGAAUCUCCUUCAAUGAAAGCGGCUUCGAAAAAAAUUUCACGUCAUGAUUUGGAGACAGAAAAAAAAAUUGAUGCAGAAACUGAUUUUAUCGUUCCCACGGUUAAACUCAAGUCAAAAGUAGCUGUUCCAAUUUUUUUGGACGACGACGAACCAAUAAAUAGAGAAUCUAAUAUUUUUUAUCCUAACGAGUCUUGUUCAACGCAAAUGUUUGAUAUGUUUGUGAGGAGUCAAAGUACUCCACUAGCACUCAAAAAUACAGUAACGAAACAAUCUGAAACUGUACUGCAACGACAAUGCCUUGUAUUAGACGAUAAUUAUCAUCAAAAAGAUGAAAACUUUGCUCAAAUGCAACAAGUUAAAAUCAAUGAUGAAAAUAUCGGAUUGGAAUCAGUGACUCGUAAUUCGAACAGUAUUCAAGCACCCAAACAGCUUUCAACGAUAAUGGAGCGGACUGAAACCAGUACAAUAUCCGGUACGUGCAGUACUAAAUCAUCGGUUUCUUCACCUCCUCAAGGAGAUAUAAUUUCUGAUAUAGUGAUAGUAGAAAAUGAGAGACUGAACAACUGCAAUGAUAUGCCUAGGAAAAACAACGUGGAUGAAGAAAUAUUAUUUAAAAUGCCAGAUAUGUUAACUAAAGAAGAUCCAUUCGAGGUAAUUGGAAAAAAUUCUUCAAAGGAAUCUAUUAGUGUCAAACCGUUUAACAUCCAUAUCGAUAGCACUGAAACAAUGGUAAAUAUACCUCUUGUGUCAAAAAAUGCUUUACCGGCAAAAGUGGACACUGGUGUGAUUAUAGAUAAAGAGAACAAAGAUGUAAGGAAUUCUACGCUUUUCCAAAUGCAAGAGGAUGAAACUGCUACAGAAUCAAUUCAUCUUCUACGUAAGAAUAUUUCUCAUCUUCCUCAGCGUGAAGCUGGAAUAAACUCAAUAAUGUCUUUCAAAAUCACUACUGAACGUACCAAUACUGUUCCACUUCCACUUGUGAAACAAACGGAAACAAUAAAGUCUGCAGCUAUGGUAAAAAAAUCCAGAACAGACGACUCCUUGUUCGAGUUACUUUCAAAGACCCCUUCACCAAAAAAUGUUCAACAAAAAAGUGUUAGAAGCCCUCUAAAGGAACCAUCACAAAAAAAUACUGAAUUUGAUCGUAACGCGUCUUUCUUUGAUUUAGCCGAUUUUCAAAAAACCCCAGAAAAGAAACUCGUCAAAGAAGAACAAUUACCGGUGUUCAUACCAGCUGGUAGUGCACCCAAACCAAUUAUCAUAAAAAGUGUGAUGGGUGCCAUUAAUUUAGCCGAUUAUCCCUCUCCCGAUCAACGACGGUCAACCGAAGAUAUGAAUACUGAGAUAUUUUCGUUAAAUAUGAAUAAUAUCAAAAACUCAACACUAAUACCAGGACAGUUUUCCGAAUGUGAAGUACCAGAAAAAGCCGUUGUCUUCAUUAGUCCUGGUGGGAAAACCCCUAAACGAUUGCUAGAUAUACAUAUUAGUAUGGAUGAAGUGGACAUUAAACAAAUAAAUUUAAAUGUGAAUAACGAUGAAGAUGUCUUUAAAAUUCCGGAACCGAUGAACAAAUCACCUCCAGUUAUCGAACUAGAUGAUUGUGAUAGUAAUGAUUUAGGUAAAAGCAUUUAUGUUCGAAAACUGACAUCUCCGGUUGAAGUAAAUCAGAAAUGGGAAGAAAUUGACGAACAUUUCAAUCCAGCUAACAAUCUGUACAUGAAGAAAGAGGUAGACCUUGAUGGAACAAUUCAGUUCAUUUGCCACCAGACUCAGGCAGGUGAGGUAGACCCAUUCGACCCAAAGCUACAAGAAGCUUUUUUGGAAAAAAUCAACUUUAUGAGCUAUAUUGAAGAGCUCCCAACAUGUUCAUUGGUCAAUAAAGUUCAGCCAUUAGUGAAGGGAAUGGUAGUAUCAGUACAAGAUACAAAGUUCUCUGUUAUGAAAAAAAUAGGCGAAGGCACAUUUGGGACGGUGUACUGCGGUAAAAAUGUAAUAACUGGUGAAAUGAUUGCGUUAAAACAAGAACGACCUGCUAAUCUUUGGGAGUACUAUAUUUGUCUGGAACUUAGAAGUCGUAUCAACCAUGAUGAUAUUCUUCCUGGUUUAAUGAGUGUGGACUACGCAAUUGUCGGAAACAACGCUAGUGUACUGGUAUCACCAUUCUCGCGAUAUGGAAAUAUUUUGGAUGUGUGCAAUACCGUGAAAAAAGUAACUAAUAGAAAUGUUGAUGAGUUUAUCGCCAUGAUAAUUACUUGCCAAAUACUGUCAAUCAUUGACCACCUCCACAGCUGUAUGAUAAUACAUGCGGAUAUUAAACCUGACAACUUUCUGCUUAUGACCCCAAUAAGUAUCGAUUCAAAAAUACCUUGUAUACAGUUAAUUGAUUUUGGAGUUUCUAUCGACCUUAAGUUGUUUACCAAGGGUACAACAUUCACAAAGGUAGUUACAACGGAGUGCUUCACAUGCAUCGAGAUGCUAGAAAAAAGAUCAUGGACAUACCAACCAGAUUUAUACGGUGUUGCUGGAACAACACAUGUUAUGUUGUUCGGCAGAUACAUGGAAGUACAAAAGGAUAUUAUCAACUGGAACAUCAAGACACGAAUGCCUCGAUAUUUUCGAAAGAAUUUAUGGGAUAACUACUUUACCACACUGUUGAACAUCCGCGACUGUCAUGAAAUGCCUAACUUGCAGAGUGUGCGAUGUAUGCUACUAGCAGAAAUAGAAGGGAACGACAAAUAUGUUCGUGAUAAAUUGAACGAGUUUAAUCAGGCGCUUUUAUCCGCAUAAAUUUAUUUUGCGUGUAAUAAACUAUAAAUAUUAACAUUUAAUCGAAAAUAUGUAAUAAUAUUUAACUGUUCAUAAUGUCCAUAUUUUUGUUUGCAUGUUAAACAUAGCCGUACAGUUUAUCAUGUUCAUAGUAAUUACUUUAGUGAUGAAAGACUCCCGCUGCACUAUAGACGUCGACCUCUUCCAAGCUCUCUACUAAGCAUCAUGUAAUACAUCCUCUCUUCCGGCAUUCUUGAUACAUGUCCAGCUCAUCGUAUUUUGCCCUUGGUUGGAAUCACGUAAGGUAUUAAAUCCCCUUCUGGAGAUGAAGUGGUGUCCACCCAAAAUUUAAGAAUCUUCAAUUAGUUCUGAAGGUAUGGUGCUUCGAUUUUCUAACCCACAACAUUAUUUCGAUAAUAUCCAUUCUGUUUACUACAUCGAACACAAAUGGUACAGGAUCCAAAAAACUCAAUAUGAUAUGAUGUUUCGAAUCCUGAAAUUCUAUGCAUCAAGAAUUAUGAUAAUAAUUGUGGUAUCUAGGUAGUCUUGUUACAUGUAAGCUGGCCGAGAGUCAGAAUAUAACUGAGAGCUUAUAUCCACUGAAGCGAUAUCCGCGCUCUCUUUCAAUGUUUGUGAGACGCAGAGUUGAUCGUAAAUCAACUGGGUGACACUGAUCUAUUAUAUCCCCUAAUUUAAAAAUAUGAUAAUUUAUUAAAUCAUCAUAAUUCAGUAAAAAGCAUUCAAUCAAAGAGGUGGCUCGUGAAUUAACGGCUGCUACCACGAAGACAACCCUAACUGCAGGUAAAUACAAAAAUGAAGUCAAUAAAUUUAUUCCAGUUAUUUGAGACUUGACAUUACGAGAUUAUUAAGAGAUAUUGACAGUCCAUGAAGACAAGAUUCGCAUUGUAGCGGGUUCUUUGAAGGAGGCUAACGAGAUUCCUUUCCUUUGAAUUCCUUUGAAAUACGUCGAAAGAGACGGUGUUGUCAUCGACACGGGUCUUUCGGUUGAUGAGUUAAUUCGGUAUGGAGUUGGAUUAUUAAAAACUAUGCUUGUUCCGUAACCACAGUAGUCCACCCAAAGAUACAACCCUGUAGCUAAUCUUCCUCCAACGUCGUCGGAUCAUGCAAUCCACAAAACAACAAUACUGCGUGUGAAACGAUCAUACGCAAUGGCAAACGAUCAACGAUGUAAAGGGCAACUACAACCAUACACACAUGUAGGUAUGUGGUGGAGAGUUCAUCAGCGUAGCAACGGUAGAACGAGAGCAAUGAUCCUAAUACCACCACCACUGAUAAAAUGAUAGCCGAGUGAGCGGAGGAGAAUUUAACCCGAUCUUCAAAACAUCGCAGCCUGAUCAGAGGAUCUGCUGACCUACUUUUGAGGAUGCAGCAGUCAGUGCAGUACCAACUAGCUAUCGUAACGGUCAUGGUAGACCGCGUGUCCUGUUCAUUU